UUCUGGGUCCACAAUUUUUUCUAACAAGAGCAGUUGAAGUCACACAAGUUGUUGCAGCAUCCUCUUUCCAAGUUCAACAUUUCUAAAUGAACGUGUGCACAAAUCCUCCCUCCUAUUUAUAACUGCUUUAAAUAGCAAUGAAGGGCGGCAAUGAGAUUAGAUCAGAGGAGGAAAUCUCCAAUCCUGCCUCUUGAUCUGCUCUGUCUCUUACCAAAUUACUUCUUCCUCUUCUAUCUCCAUAACGGUCCUCCACAGCAAAAGGAAAGGAGGAUAUACAGAGCCAAAAUUGGAGAGAAUGCCACUGAAGUUGAACUCAAGCUGCGCUGAGUUAAUGGAGCCCUUUUUUCAUCUCUUGGUUCUACAGUAUGCUAACAUCCGAUGAAGACUAAACACUGGAUGAACUUUCAGCUGGGUAAAUUCCCUUUGUUUUUCUCAAGUGCUAUUCAUUUGACCCUUGAUGGCAUUUAUGCACAAUUAAAAGCUAUCACUCACUGAAAGCCAAACAAUUAUGGAUACUAUUUCUCAGCUGAAGAUGAAGCUGAAAGUGCGACGCUCUACCAUCAAUGUGCUGGGAGCCAGUUUAUCCCAAACGAUUGAAGAAAAAGAAGCCUUCCCUUUCUCCCAGGGAAGUUCAUUUAAGCCAUGGAAUUCUAUGGAACACCUGGACAGCCCCAUUUCUGUGACCAAAUGUCCGAAAGGCCAUAUCCCAAGAUGGCGAAAAGAGACAUUGAGACCACAACAAAACAUGAACAUUAAUGUAGGGGGCAAGGUCUUCUACAUUCCCAAGAAGAUGGCUGUCAGAUUCCCUCGCACACGGAUAGGCUCCUUGGCCCUGUGCACCGAUCGUGUCAAACAGCUCAGUCUGUGCGACGACUACUCUGUGCUCACCAACGAGUUCUUCUUCGAUCGUGACCCAAUGUUCUUUUACUACAUCUUCCACUUCUAUAGGAGCGGUGUUCUCUGGGUGAUGCAGGAACUGUGCCCUUUCAACUUUGAGGAGGAGAUGCUGUACUGGGGCCUGAGCUGGACCGACACCCAGAGCUGUUGCCGUAUCCUGUUUGAGGAGAAGGUGGAUGAAAUGAGGGAUAAUCUGAAGAUAGAGGAGGAACUCAUGGCAGAGAUUGCGAUCAAGUAUGACGAGGAGGGCUACAAGACCAUGUUUUUGGGUGGGGUUCGCAAGAAACUCUGGGAGCUAAUGGAAAAUCCGUACUCAUCUCUGUUAGCCAAAGUCUUUGCCAUUGUCUCCAGCCUCCUGGUGCUUAUCUCCAUUGUGGCCUUGACCCUUAACACGGUGGAAGAACUGAGGACUUACACCCUGUUUAACAAGACCUACAUGGAAUGGGUAGAGACUUUUUCCAUUCUCUUCUUUACCUUUGAAUACUUUUUGCGCCUGUUCACCACGUGUGACAUCAAGCACUUUGUCAAGAGUGUCUUGAACCUUAUGGACCUGGUGGCCAUCACGCCCUACUUCAUCCAACUGAUAUUCGAAACAUUCGCCGGCACAGAAGAUCCCCGUUUCCAGGAGGAUCUGAAGACCCUGUCUCGCGCCAGCAAAGUGCUCAAAGUUGUUAAGCUGAUGCGCAUCUUCCGCAUACUAAAGCUGGCACGCCACUCCACCGGCAUGAGGGCUUUCGGGUUCACGCUGCGCCAGUGUUACCAGCAGGUCUGUUGCCUUUUGCUCUUCAUUGCCAUGGGAAUCUUCACAUUCUCUGCCCUCCUGCAUUCGGUAGAGCGAGAUACAGAGGGCUCUCAAUUUAGCAGUAUUCCUGAUACCUGGUGGUGGGCUACGGUGAGCAUCUCCCAAGUGGGUUACGGGGACAUGGUGCCAGUAUCCCUCCCAGGCCGGAUGGUGGCAUUUGUCUGUAUCUUCUUCGGCAUUAUUCUCAAUGGAAUGCCCAUAUCUCUCCUCUUCAACAAGUUCUCGGACUACUAUGGAAAGCUCAAGUACCAGGAGUCCUCCUCAACCAGCGUAAAACGUCGCAUGAUGCUCAAGGAGCGUCUCAGAUGCAAACUGGAUGAGCUUUUCAGUCCCUCUGUUGGUGUCAAUGGGAAGACAGGAGCACCUGAGCUGUAGACAUUGUUGAAGCUUUUGCAAUGCAAAAGGGGGUAUUUCAAAACAUCACAACUGGAAUAUGUCCUGGACAAAUAUGUUGUUAAUGGAAACACCAAAGAGGAGAGACUAGAAGGAACACACAAUGGAUGCAGAAAAGGAAUGUGGGUGUCAUUUAUGACAUCUGGGGCAAUUUCCUGUUGAUAAACAGCAGUUCCUGAAAGUGUGGAUUUACUCUGUUCAGGUUUGCUAAUCAGAUGGUUGCUAGUUUCAAUGCUGUAAAUGCUGUAUACCAUGUUUUUUACAAUGAAUGCACGCAAUGAAAAGCUUAUUCUUAUAGUCUAUGCAGGUCAUGACCAUAUUCAGUGUCUUUUUACACAUUGGAUAGCAGUUCUGGCUGUCUGUGUGUGUUUGUGAGGAUGGGCGUUUGUGUGAAGCCAUGCAAGUCUAGUAGUUUUCGAUUGAAUGGGUGUGUGUGUGAAGGGGCUAUGCUUAAAUAACUCUAAGCUGUGAAAGUAGUGGUGGUGGCUGAUCAAAAGAUUCAUGACCUGG